AGCAGCAGGAGGAGCAGCAGCAGCAGCAGGAGGAGCAGCAGCAGCAGGAGGAGCAGCAGCAGGAGGAGCAGCAGCAGGAGGAGCAGCAGCAGCAGGAGGAGCAGCAGGAGGAGCUGGGGGGCCUCAGUCCCAUGCCCAGCCCUCUCAGACAGCAUACACUCACUCCAAGUGAGAAGGUGUUUGACUGGAUCUAUACCCGCACUCCCAAGUGUAAACCCCAGAGUGACAUUACCCCCCACUCUGCUACCGUUACCCCCAGCAGGAGUGAUGCCUACCCCACUACCGUUAUCCCCAGCAGGCAGUGGCGUCAGGCCAGGGAGGCUCCAGAGAAACGCAGCAGGAGGAGGAAAGCUCCAGGGAACUGGUGGGUUACCAACAACCCCCCAGAGAACGCUGACAGCACCUCUUCAUUCCCUCAACAACCCCAACCUUACAUCAAAAAGUCUUCACCCCCUCAACUACAGCCUAACCCAAAAACUCGCAAGGUGGAGAGAAGUAAGUUCCUUGGACCCCCUCAGAAUGGCAACACAGCCUCCUCAACUCGACCUGGAGGAGUUCGGACUCCGCUGAAGAGGAAGGACCUCUCCACUCCCAAGACGGUCAAGCGCUCUCUGGCCACCUUUGGUGCCAUCUUGUCCUCGGGCAGAGGAGCGCUCCCGGUGGCCACGGUCAGAAGCAGCACGUGGCAGACUUCCGGGAGGAAAUCGCUAUUCCCUAGAGCGCCUGAGGAGCAGUCAGCCCAGAGACCGAGCGCCGGCCUCAGCUCUGGUCCAGCUAAUGACCCCUCCCAGGACACAACCAGUGACAGGAGCUCCAGCCCUGUGGGUCUGAGUGCCAGUACUGUCUGCAUAGAGCCUGCUGGACAGCUGGGGAUAAAGACCAUACGCCGAGACUUCUCCCAAAGCAACAACCGACUCUCAGACAACACGUUAAAAGGUUUCAAAAGCGGACCGUCUUCCAUGAUUGAACUGGACGAUUAUGAAGAGAAUGACGACAUCUGUGUCCAGUCAUUCAGAUUGUUGCCCCAUCCGUCUGUCCCUCGUGGCAUCGGGCUGUCGGACCCUGAGGCUGUGACUGAGCUUUGUGCUCCUCCUCUCAGAGCCAUCACACUGCAGCUGGAGGACAAGGCCAACCUCACAGACUGGAUGGCUUUGCUCUGGCCUGCCGCUGGGAAACAGGGAGGCCAGAUCAGUCCAGAUCAUUUCCAGUGGUUCUCGUAUCGAGACAGAGCUCUUGGUUACAAGAUGGACCUGCUGGCUGAAACCUUCUCUAAUGGAAAGAUCUUGCUGGGCUCCUACAUGAAGAAACCUCUGCUGGUGGACCACAGCGCUACCACUGUGUAUAACCUCCUAACCAGCUGUGUAGCUGUGACCAUCAAUGGCAAAGAGAACCAUUAUAACCCAGGACAGACCUUCAUGGUCCCAUGUGGCCAUGCCUACAGCCUCCACAAUCUGACCCAGGAACCUGCUGCUCUACACUUCACCAGAAUGCUGGCAGAGAGCUCAGAGUGAGGCCUGGGACCACAGCCAGGGGCUCAGUAAAGCCUGGGACCACAGCCAGGGGCUCAGUAAUAGUGACAGGUCAGAGUGGUGAAGGAUCCUUACAGAGGACCACCAGGUACCUCAACUUCAGAGUGACUGAGACCAGCAGAGACGACAUGCUAGAGAGGCCCUCCUCAAUGUCAUUCCCAAGGACUUAACAGGAAAUGACCAGCCGGUGAUUUAAAUGGAAAAGUUAAGAAGAUUAAAAGUGUACAGGGGGCUGUGCUGUAAGUACUUGUUAUUGUCACAGUAACAUUUGUAAAUAGCAAUACUUUUGUUUCUAUGGUUUUUAGUGUGUCCCCUACUGUGUACAUUUAAUGUGACCAAUGAAAUAACUUGUAAAGGCUUCUGGGUAUUUGUAUUGGACUAUUCAUCUUCUGUCAACUGUUGCAAACACAUGGUAUGUAAUAAUAAAAAUAAAAAGUAAUUCA